GGAACAGAGGAGAACACUGUCGUAGAAAUUUCCGGCAUUACUAAAAUGGCGCUCUGGGUUUCAACGGCGGCGGGUUUCCGCCUUCUCUCGGUGCUCAGCUUUGGGUUUUUAGUGUUGGCUUUCGCGAACCAAUCUCCGGCGAGCUUUGACGACCUCUUUCAGCCUACCUCCCAGGCGGACCAUUUACUCAUUGACGGAGACGUCCUCCACAUGAAGCUAGAUAACCUCUCCGGUGCUGGGUUUCAAUCGAAGAGUAAAUAUAUGUUCGGGAAAGUCUCCGCGAAGAUCAAGCUGGUGGAGGGCGACUCCGCCGGAACAGUGACCGCCUUCUAUAUGUCAUCAGACGGGGCGAAGCACCAUGAAUUCGAUUUCGAGUUCUUGGGGAACACUUCUGGCGAGCCGUAUCUGGUUCAGACGAAUGUGUAUGUCAACGGCGUCGGAAACAGGGAAGAAAGAGUGAACCUCUGGUUCGACCCCACGAAGGACUUCCAUUCCUAUUCACUGAUGUGGACUACCCGCAAAGUAAUGUUCUUAGUGGAUGGAACACCAAUCCGAGUGCAUUCAAACAUGGAGGACAAGGGCAUUCCAUUCCCGGGAGACCAAGCCAUGGGUGUGUAUAGCUCACUCUGGAACGCUGAUGAUUGGGCCACACAAGGCGGGAAGGUGAAGACCGACUGGACCCACGCCCCCUUUGUAGCCUCCUACACUGACUUCGAAAUCGAUGCAUGCGAAGUUCCAGCCGCCGUGGCUCCGGUGGAUCACGGCAAGGAGUGCAGCAGUAGCGCUGAGAAGCGGUUUUGGUGGGACGAGCCGACGAUGGCGGAGAUGAACGUUCACCAGAGCCACCAGCUCCUCUGGGUUCGGGCUAACCAUAUGGUUUAUAAUUAUUGUACGGACACGGCCAGGUUCCCGGUGGCUCCGGUGGAAUGUGAGCACCAUCGCCACUACUACCACCGCAACUAAUUUUACUAUGACGGUAAAAUAAAGGCCGCGGUUCUGUCGAACAUGUUCUCCAUGUUACAUAUUUUUGCUUAUUGAUCUUGUAGGCUAAUUGAUGUCACACUUUGUAUGUAAACCACUACGAACUUUAUUAUCAUAUCAAUGCAGUUCAUUUCUCUUUGAUAAACUUUUGCAACUUCAGUUGGCUGAGUGGAAAUUAACGAACACAACUUGACCAGGACUAAUAAUAACUUCUCAAUAACAAGUAUUAGUAGAC